GCCGGGCCGGGCAGCAUGGAGGAGCUGAGCAGCGUGGGCGAGCAGGUCUUCGCCGCCGAGUGCAUCCUGAGCAAGCGGCUGCGCAAGGGCAAGCUGGAGUACCUGGUCAAGUGGCGCGGCUGGUCCUCCAAACACAACAGCUGGGAGCCGGAGGAGAACAUCCUGGACCCGAGGCUGCUCCUGGCCUUCCAGAAGAAGACAUCCUGGGUGUCCUCAGAAGGCCCUGGGGAGAAGCAGAGAGAGACCUGGCUGAGAUUGGGGCGCCAUGUCCCCCACUCACACUUGGUUGUAGCCGCACAGCAGACAACGAGUGGAGCCACCCAGGACCGCGGGGCUGGCGUGGAGCAGAGGCGGGGGGAGCAGGAGAAGGAGGCUCACAACCGCAAGAGGGGCAAGCGGCCGCGGGGCCGGCCGAGGAAGCACGCGGUGACCUCCUGCAGCCGGCACUCCAAGCUCAAGGAACCCGACGCCCCCUCCAAAUCCAAGUCCAGCAGCUCCUCCUCCUCUACCACCUCUUCCUCCUCGUCCUCAGAUGAAGAGGACGACAGCGACUUAGACGCCAAGCGGGGCCCCCGGGGCCGCGAGACCCACCCCGUGCCCCAGAAGAAGGCCCAGAUCCUGGUGGCCAAGCCCGAGCUGAAAGACCCCGCCCGGAAGAAGCGGGGCCGCAAGCCCCUGCCCCCGGAGCAGAAGGCGGCCCGGCGGCCGGUGAGCCUGGCCAAGGUGCUGAAGACCGCCCGCAAGGACCUGGGCACGCCGGCGGGCAAGCUGCCCCCUCCUCUCAGCUCGCCCGUGGCCGGCCUGGCUGCCCUGAAGGCCCACGCCAAAGAGGCCUGUGGCGGCCCCAGUGCCAUGGCCACCCCGGAGAACCUGGCCAGCCUGAUGAAGGGCAUGGCCGGCAGCCCCAGCCGGGGCGGCAUCAGCUGGCAGAGCUCCAUCGUGCACUACAUGAACCGCAUGAGCCAGAGCCAGGCCCAGGCCGCCAGCAGGCUGGCCCUCAAGGCCCAGACCGCCAGCAAGUGCGGCCUGGGGCUGGACCUCAAGGUGAGGACGCAGAAGGGGGAGCUAGGGGUCAGCGCGCCAGGAAGCAAAGUCCUAAAGGCCCCCAGCAGCGGGGCUGUGGAGCAGAAGUCAGGGAGCACAGGGGGACCCCCCCACCUCCACAGCGGCAGCAAAGUCCCUGCGGGGUGCCUGGGCCCCCAGCCUGCACCUCCCCAGGAGCUCAGCCUCCAGGUCUUGGACUUACAGAGCGUGAAGAACGGCACGCCGGGGGUGGGCACAGUGGCCCGCCACGCCGCGGCCACCAAGGGCAUCCCUGCCACCGGCCCGGCCAGCGGGAAGGGCGCCGGGGCUGGCCUCACCCUGGGGAGCGGGGGCAGCGCGCCCCCCAACAGCAGCAAGAGCGAGAAGCAGGCCUGCAGGACGGCCGCUCCGCCCACCCCGGCGGCCAAGAGGGACUGUGCCAAGGGCGGCUCGGCCCCCGGUGGGCAGGAGGGCCACCCGGCCCCGGGGGAAGCCCGCAAGGCGGCCGCGCUGUCCGAGAUGAGCACGGGCGAGGAGAACAGCAGCUCCGACUCGGACCCCGACGCGGCCUCGCCCCCCGGCGCCCAGCGCAACCUCUCGGUGUCCGUCCAGACCAGCCAGGACUGGAAGCCGCCCCGCAGCCUCAUCGAGCACGUCUUCGUCACCGACGUCACCGCCAACCUCAUCACGGUCACCGUGAAGGAGUCCCCCACCAGCGUGGGCUUCUUCAACCUGAGACAUUACUGAGGCCCGCGGCCACCGCGCCCUGCCGCCCGGGGCCUCUCCAGGCCGCGGGGCCCU